AUCGUAUAGUUCCAUGUUUUUUUUGUCAACUUUGCUCGUAAUUCUUUAGCUAUUUUGACACUUUUGGUAAUUGGAAUAAAAAAAUUUAUAUUUUUUAGGAACCUUUUAAUAUUCAAAGUUUGGCCACAAAACUUUAUGGAAUUGACAACUUUGGUCCCUUUCCUAAAAACUUGCUAACUCCAACCCCUUUAAUUUUUUAGUCAUUUUGACAAUUUGGUCAUUGCAGUCAAAACUUUACAUUUUUUCAUAAAAAACACAAAAAAUUGCUCGGGGCAAAGCCUGGAUUUUUCCGCUAAAAGAGUCAACAACCAGUUAGGAAUAAUGAACCCUAGAUCUAAGCUUCCCGUCAAAAGAAUCGUCGGUAAUCCAUCUGUUGAUUUGUGCAUAAUUCGGACAUAAAACGCUCAAAGGUUAACAAAUCAAAUUCUCGAAGCCAUGAUUCAUCCUAGAAAGCCUCAUUUCUCCAUCUGAUGAUGUCGUUGGUGACAAUAAGUCAAACAACGUCAUUAUGUUCCUUCUUCUUCUUCUUUAUAGUGACACAACAAAAGAGAAAGGUGGAGAUACUUACAAGUUUGAAGUCGAAAAACUUGUCAAUACGAAGAAGAGAGACUCAGGUCAGAACAAAAUAAUCAGUAAUUUGGACAACCUAGUUGUGAGAAGUGAUUCUGCAACUAUUGUAAAUGAGCUUGAGAUCCAGUAUCUUGCAGCAAAAAUAUUGGUUUUGGCAGGAAAAGCACUACAGGAGGAAAUUGGUAAUGGAGCCAAUCUUGUAGUUUCUUUUGCAGGGUAGCUUGUCCAGGGUGUAGAAGAUCUUAAUAGGAUGGCACUAUAUCCUGGUGAAAUCAUUUCCAAAUACACAAAGGCAAUUAACAAAGUAAUUCAAACUUCAAUUAUUAUACUAUGUAUCAUAUUUUGAUUUAUUUUGAUAGGAAGGAGCAUAGAAAAAAGGUUUUUCUUUUCUAAUGGUAGAAUUGUUGAGUUUUAUUUGAAGAUUUCUUUUAUAAUGAACAAAAAUUGAAAGUGUAAUACUAUUUACCAAAAAUGAAACUAAAUAUGCCAGAUUCAUUCAAAGUAGAAUGCUUAAAUAAGAAAAAAUGAAAAUAAUUAAGAAAUAAAAACUAAAGUGCGAUGCUAAUUUAAAAAACAUUUUAUUUGUUCACUUUUUAGCUAUAAUAAAGCAUUAUACUUUUAAAUGUACAAUGUUAUGAUUUGGUAGCUUUUUCAAAGUAGACGUAGUUAUAGCAUACAUAAUUACAUCAAUAUACUUCUAUGUGUCUAAUAAUAAGAAAAAAAAUGAAAAGAACUAAGAAAUACAAAUUAAAGUAAGAUGCUAAUGCAAACAAACAAAAAAAAAAUUCAUAGUUAUUUCUUGCAUUUAGGACAAUCAGAAGCUAAUUUCAAAAAAUAACAAUGUGUUUUCAUUUGUCCAAAGUGCCCCUUAUGAAAGGACUACAAAUUAAUGAAAAAUUGGUU